CGCGACGUCACGACACACAAUGGCAGCCAGUGGUACAGCUGUGACGGUUCUCACUCCAAAUGGGAGAAGACAGACAGUCAAAGUGUCUCCAAACACACCGUUAUUACAGGUGCUGGAGGAUGUGUGCAAAAAGCAUGGAUUUAACCCCGAAGAUCACGGGUUGAAGUUUCAGAGGACCACUAUUGACCUUACGCGGCCAUGGAGGUUUGCCAAUCUGCCCAACAACGCUAAACUGGAAAUGGUGACGAGUACAAGGAAACAGGCUGUAGCUGACAGCCAGGUGCGGAUUGCACUACAGAUGGAGGACGGCUCUCGGCUCCAGGGUUCCUUCUCGUGUGGACAGAGUCUGUGGGAACUGCUCACACAUUUUCCCCAGAUCAGUGUGUCGGAGCUGUCUGAGUCAGGAUCCACCCCUGUGUGUGUUUACAUGAGAGACGAGGUGAGUGGGGAAGAAGCGCUCAAGAAGGCCACUCUGAAGUCUCUGGGUCUUACAGGAGGAAGUGCCAUUGUCAGGUUUUUACUCAAAAACAAACAGGGAGAGGAAGAUGGUGGGGAAGUCACUGAAACAGCUGCUGUGCCAACCGUACCAGUUGCCAAGGAAACCACACCUAGCCCGCCAUCUCAGCCCGAUCCUGCUCCGUCACGUCUGGAGACGCCAACAACGGAGGUGCCAAUAAAAAAAUCAAGCCCCGAUAGGCCAAUGGAAACCCCCCCUGCGCCUCCUCCUGCCUCUGCCGCAAGCACACUUCCUGUUCAACAGGAAAAGGUUCCAAACUCCCAGGAUGCAGUUCGGCCAAAGUCUUCUCCCGUGGAGAGAGGACCACCAGAGGAGGAUGGUGAGAAACCAGGGCCAUCAGGACUGAAUUCUCACCCAUCUUCUUCCUCCUCCUCUUCCGCCACUCCCUCAGUUCCCUUCAUUCCCUUCUCUGGAGGCGGUCAGCGCCUCGGGGGACCCGGGGGAGGUGCAGUGUUACGCUCACUAUCUUCAUCCUCAUCAUCCUCAGCUCUGUCAGCUCUUACUGCUGCAGUAGAAUCACCCAAAGCCAAGAAAGCCAAAUCCAGCCACGGUUCUGCUACCAAGCGUCAAAACCCUGCCAACCAGCCAGAUGAGGACAUGGACGAGGGGGAGGAGUUCUUGGAGCCAGUAGAGAGGGAGCCUCUCAUCUACCACCUGGAGUUGAUGUCCCGUCACUCUGAGGACCACGGGAAUCUGCCCGAUGAGUUCUUUGAAGUGACUGUGGAUGAUGUGCGCAAGCGCUUCGCCCAGCUGAAGAGCGAGAGGAAGUUAUUGGAAGAGGCUCCGCUGAUGACUAAAUCUCUGAGAGAAACACAGAUGAAGGAGAAGUUGGAAAAAUAUCCCAAAGUGGUCCUGAGGGUCCAGUUUCCAGACAGACAUGUUCUACAAGGCUUCUUCAGGCCUCUGGAGACAGUUGGUGCUGUGAGGCAUUUUGUGAGGAGUCACUUGGAGGAUCCUCAGCUCAGUUUCUACCUGUUCAUCACUCCCCCAAAAACCAUUCUGGACGACCCCUCAGCUACACUGUUUCAGGCCGACCUGUUUCCUGGCGCGCUGGUGUACUUCGGCUCUGACGUUAAGACAGAUUUCUACAUAAAGAGGGAACUGCUUGAAUCCUCUGUCUCGGCCGUGCAAGCAAAUGAGUCCAUUGCAAGCUCCAUGCUCCUGUCCCCGUCAGUGCCCACAGGCUCCGAGGAGCCGCUUUCUCCUCCAGAGCCGAGUCCGGACACCAGCGAGUCCACGGAGGAUGAGGAAGACCCCUCUGCACACACCAAGGCUGCUAAACCCACCAGGUCUGAUCUGGGAAAGGUGCCCAAGUGGCUCAAGCUUCCAGGCAAGAAAUAAGACUGCUGCUGUGUGUUGAUGGGAGGACGUACCACGACAGACUGACAAGCUGCUUGCAGACCGAGUGGAGCACUUAAACCUUUGCUGCGCUUUGAUAAAGGCUCAAUUUUGUGACCGCAGCUUGACUAGGUUUUAAAACGGUCAAAAUAAUGAGAUAAAUGACUGGAUAAAUAGUGAAUAUUUCAUUGCGGAGAAGAUGGUUGUGUUUCACUGCAGUUGGAGGAGAGAGUGCUGAAGAGGCUGUUUUUAAUUCAGCUGUUGAAGAUGUAGUGCAAAGUGAAUAAAGAUUGUUGUACUAAAAA